CGUGCCAAUGGCGACAUGAGGUGGCACCAGCAGCGGUGGGAAGCUGAGGGACAAUCUGCUCAUUCCCACCUCUGCAGCUCUAUAAGAGGGUGGCAAUCAAUGGUUGCAUGGAUUGUGAGCGAGGGGUGCCAAGGCUGCAUCCGGACAACGCCCUCAGGUUGGUUCUUGGGAUGUCCCGGGCAGGGCCAGGACUUGGACUCCAUGGUCCUGACGCGGCCUUUCCAGCUCAGGAUAUUCUGUUCAUCCCGCGAAGCCCACGGGGGGAAGCUUGGACCACGACUCCCACCCGGAAUCCCGCAGGGAGAGGCAGCGGGCCCUCACGGCCAGGCUCCUCCCGCCGCCCUUACGGGAAGCGCGGCCCCGCCCGGCGCGGCCCCUCCCGCGGGGGGCGGACCCCGUAUAAGCGCGGCCGCGGCCCCGCGCCCCCAGAGCCCGCUCCGCCGCCCGCUCAGCCCUGGCCGUGCCCGCGCCCGCUCCGCCGCCCGCCGCCCCGCGCCGCCGCCCGCCGCGCCGCACCGCCAUGAUCGUGGAGAGCAGCCGGGACGCGGCGCCCGAUGGCGGCGACGGCGGCGCCCUCAGCAGCCCCAUCAACCUCGCCUACUUCUACGGGGCCUCGCCCCACUCCAGCGAGGGUAGCUGCUCGCCGGCGCACUCCUCCGCCCCGGGCUCGCCGGGAUCCGACUCGGACCUCUCGGUGAGCAGCCGCGGCGGCGGCCGGAGGGACCCCCGGGGCGGCCCCCGCCCCGCGCUGCAAGUUGAACAACACAUGGGGGGAGGAAAGCAGCACAGAGGACCUUUCCAGGGGGUCCGUGUGAAGAACUCGGUGAAGGAGCUGCUGCUGCACUUCAGGAGCAGCAAGCAGAUGUCCUCGGGUCCUGCCACCGAGGAAAGCAAGGCACAAGGAGGAUUGGUGAACUACGAACCAUACACAGAACUGAAGAACAUAUUGGGCCACAGUGGCAAAAGAAAGGCUCCUGAACUCCUUUCUGAUGGACCUUCUUUCAAACGCCAAGCGAAUGUUCACCCACAUCUCCUGACCCCACCCCAGACACCAACUUCUAUGGAUAGCAUGGAGGAGCCCCAUAAAACUGACCCGAAGCGCGACAGCAGUUCUGAUCUGCUUCAGAACAUUAUAAACAUCAAGAACGAGUCGAGCCCCAUCUCCCUGAACACGGUGCAGGUGAGCUGGUUGCACUCGGUCUCCAGCCACGACUCGCCUGCUGAGCAGUACCAGGACAGCCCGGGAACACAGGCUUUCUCCCCGUCCCAGAAGUACCAAGCAUUCCAAGACCACACCAGCCAGCAUCUGCUUGAGCCACCCCAACAUUACCAGUUCCCUGCAUCCCAGAACCAAGAUUUGUCCCAGAGUUAUCCUUCAGAUGCCUCCCUGGACUACAGGCCGUUUGUUGCCAGUGACCAGUCUCCUGCCUACCACCAGGGCACCUUUGAGAGCCACGAGCUGCCGUACUGUCCGCCGCAGAGCUUCUCUUCCCUCUUGAAUGACUCUGAAGGCUCUGACAGCAUCUCCGGUCCCCUCCAGUCACUGAGCAGUGCCCACCCACAGGCCGAGGUUACCCCUCAUGGCCCCAACUUCAGCUUGCUCUCCAGCAACCUCUGUGGCAGUCUGGAGCGCAGCAUCUCUUUGGCUACUCUGAAUGGCUCGCUGCCUGACCAAAAUGUUGCCAGAAGCACAACGCAGCUGGGAAAGUCAUUUUUUCAGUGGCAAGUGGAACAGGAGGAGAACAAACUGGCUAACAUCUCUCAAGACCAGUUCCUUGCAAAAGAUGCUGACGGAGACACCUUCCUCCACAUCGCUGUGGCCCAGGGCCGUCGAGCACUCUCCUAUGUUCUUGCAAGGAAGAUGGCUGCCCUGCACAUGCUGGAUAUUAAAGAGCACAAUGGCCAGAGUGCUUUCCAGGUUGCUGUGGCUGCCAAUCAGCAUCUCAUUGUGCAGGACCUGGUUAGCUUGGGGGCUCAAGUGAACACCACAGACUGCUGGGGAAGGACGCCGCUGCAUGUCUGCGCUGAGAAGGGGCAUGCCCAGGUCCUCCAGGCAAUCCAAAAGGGAGCUAUGGGAAGCAAUCAGUAUGUGGACCUUGAGGCAACAAACUAUGAUGGUUUGACAGCAUUGCACUGUGCAGUCCUGGCCCAUAAUGCUGUGCUGCAUGAACUGCAGAACUGUCAGCCACCUCACUCCCCUGAGGUCCAGGAGCUUCUGCUGAGAAACAAGAGCCUGGUAGAAACCAUCAAGAUCCUGAUACAAAUGGGAGCCUCUGUUGAAGCAAAAGAUCGCAAAAGUGGUCGCUCCGCUUUACAUUUGGCAGCAGAAGAAGCAAACCUGGAGCUCAUUCGUCUCUUUUUGGAGCUGCCCAACUAUCUCUCUUUUGUUAAUGCAAAGGCUUACAACGGCAACACAGCCCUGCACGUGGCGGCCAGCCUGCAGUACCGCGUGAGCCAGCUGGAUGCUGUGCGCCUGCUCAUGCGCAAGGGAGCCGAUCCCAGCGCCAGGAACUUGGAGAAUGAGCAGCCAGUUCAUCUGGUUCCUGAUGGCCUUGUAGGGGAGCAGAUAAGACGUAUCCUCAAAGGGAAGGCGAUUCAGCAGAGAGUGUCGCCGUUUUAGGCUCCAUGUUUCUUGGAGUUCAGCAACUUACACUCACUGUCAGUCAGGCAGUCCUAAUCUAUCUGUAAAUAGAGCAUUUGCCUGGUGUGGGCAAAUGUUAGUUGUUUCUGUGAAACAAAAGUAUUUUGUUCACUAUUAUAUAGUGGGUUACGUAAGAGUAAAAAAGCCCCAAACCCAGCAAUCAAAUUCCUCCAGCCAAAAGGGAAUGCUUCAUUCCCAAGUAUGUGGAACAUUUUCCUGGCUACCUGUAUUUUCUGUAUUUCAUAGCUAUGGUGAGACUGAUUUUAUUUAAACGGCCAAUACAGAUAACAUCUAGACAAGGGCAAUUCUUUGGGAAUUUUUUUUUUUAAUUUUAGAGUGCUGAUACAGGUCAAAAUUGCAGAGAUUUUUGUUGUGUUUUUAGUAACACUUAAAUACAAGAGAAAUUAAAUAUUUUUGAAGUUGAACAUUAUUUAUGUAACUUUGCGGCUUUGUUCCAGUACCUUGUGCAGGAUUGUAUAUAGUCACUGACAUUAUUGUACAGCUGUAUAGUUCUAAGAAUCUAUUGAUCACGUGGGGAAGGAUCUGAAGAAACAAGUUCCUUGAUCUUGAACUUGCAAAUUGCAUACAGGGUUAGAAAACUAUACUGGUGCAAAUCAGGUAAAUUCUGUUGUUCUGAAAGACUGAGGUUGGAAAGUAGAGUUAUGAUAGAUUGUCCCUGGCACUGAUUUGUGCAUACUUUUGGAGUUGUGUAAUAAAACAUGAAAAGCUGUGCUUAUUCAGGGGACUGUGUCAGUUUUUCUUGUACCCAGUAGGGGUUUUGUCUUGUGAUAGAACAAUAGAUUGAGAGAGGAGGAUCAUUAUUUUUAUAGUAUGUAUGUAACUUGUACUUUUAAUCCUGAUUCAGUGCAAGUGUUUGGCCUGCACUUCACUGUUGAUGCAUGCUGAAAUCUCUCAAUGUUAAUUAUAAUACUUCAAUGUGUUAAGCCUUACUGGUUGGGCUUAAGCCUUACUAGUUGGUGGGGCUUAAGCACAUGUAUAAGUAGCUUUCUGAAUUGGGCUCUAGUUAAUUCUAGAGACUUAGUUUUCCAUCUCCUAAGCAGAGUUAGUCCAUUUAUGGUUUUACCUUAUAGGUAUAGUGGCUAGCAAAGUAAUAUUUGACAUUAACAGUUUUCUAUUUUUUAAUAAUUAUUAAUGGAAAAUGUAUAUUAAUGAUGCUGUAUACUUGUGUUCUCUUGGAUAAAACUUCCUCCUGUCAUUUUCUGAAUGAUCCAUGCUGGGCUGUAAUCCAGUAAUAUGUUCUCUGUAUGGUCUUUGUUCUUAAACUGUUUUUUUUUCAUCACAUGCAGUUCUCUGUUGUAACCAUUUAAUUAGUCUGAUUAUGCUGUUUUGGCAAAGUAUGUCUUGUAGACAAGCUAAAUGAAAAAAUCUGAUAUGCAGAGGCUUAGUUGCAAUGUAUUUCUUGAAGGGGUAUGUGUAACUUGUGUUUGAAUAAACAUGCUCAUUUAGU